AUGGCGACGCCUAGUGCCGCCUUUGAUAUGGCAGACUUUGUCGAUUUCGGAGAAACAGGCAUGCCCAACGUGUCACAAGAAGCUUCUUUCGGCGUAUCUGAGACGGUACUACCCCAGAACUCUUUACUGGAUGAACCUGGAGAGCUGGAGAACUCCGACAGUAUCCAACCCGCAAGUGCAGAGUUCAAUACGAACUUCAGCAGCUGGCUUCCGACUUAUCAAAAGGCUGUUCAGCCUUGCGAGUACUGUCGAUCGAAAUCUCUCGAAUGCUUUAUCUUCAACGCCGAUGGCUCCAAGAGAUCCGGAUGUUCGCCAUGCAACGCUUUGUUUCGACCAUGCAGCUUCAGCAACCCUGAGCGGAUGCCAGGUAUGCGCCAGAGGACUGCGCUGGAUACCUUAGACGUCGUGGCAGAGAACGACAUUCGGCAUGUCGGUGGUCUCACUGGUAAGAAGCAGAUGCGAUCGCUAGGUCACCUGGGUCCGAUCGAAGAUGGAAAAGAGGAUGACGAAGGUCCUAAGAAGGGUGCCGCAGCUGCUCGCUUUCCGCGAGCGGCUGUGAAAGUGCUCAAAGACUGGAUGCUCAUGCAUAUCGAUCAUCCAUACCCGACCGACGAGGAGAAGGAGACGCUGAAGCAAGAGACUGGCCUAUCCGUCGGUCAAAUCUCGAACUGGAUGGCGAACACAAGGCGAAGGCAGAAGGCUCGACCCAAGCGAAGCGCUUCGCCAAGUCUCCGACCAUCAACAGGAGCUAUCAACAUCCCAGCAGGCAAGACCUGGGAAAGCAUGAGUACGUAUUCCGAGUCUGGUUUCACAAGAUCGCACAAAACUCUGGCUUCGUCCUCCACCGGAAAGUUCAUCACUUUCCGUGUGGGUGACAGGCGUCCAGAGGAUAAGAACUGCGACCCAGACACUAGCACGAUGGCUCAAAUGCCGGUGCUUCAGCAGCAGGAAUGUUUCGGUUAA